AUGGAGAAGGGUCCCAUCAACAGCUACACCGAAGAUGACUUCACGACGCCGCUCGUCACCCGCGAUGGCUUCGAGGAGCAGCGACGACGGCGAUACAUCAUCAUCGCCCGACGCGCCGUGGCUCUCAUAUGCGCCAUGAUCAUCGGCCUGCAGUCCGGCACCACGAACGCGUUCAACACGAUCGCCAGCCACAUCCAGAACGACACCGGGCUGGGCGACAACCUGAUGACCCUCCUCUCGUCGCUGGGCAUCAUCGGCCUCUUCUUCACCUUCCCGGCGGGCUACGUCAACGACCGCUUCGGGGCCAUGUGGACGGGCCUCAUCGGCGCCGUGCUCACGUCGGCCGGCUACGCCGGCAUGUCCUUCACCGACAAGGAGUCCUACGCGGCCAUGCUCAUCUGCCUCAUGCUGGUCGGCUUCGGCAGCGGCACCAGCUUCCUCGCCGCCCUCUCCACGGGCCUCAAGACCAUCCCUGGCUACCCCGGGUUGGGCAUUGCCAUGGUCGGUGCCUGCAUGAGUCUGUCGCUCGCAUUGACCAAUGGAAUCGUUGAAUUCUACAAGAACGUGUUCGAUUGUUCGGCGGACAGCUGUUGGCCGUACUACCUGCGCUCGCUGGCCGUGUCGACCGCCAUCUUCCUGUUCGUCCCCAGCUUCGGCCUCAGCCUGCUCCCGCCCGACGAGCCGGCCCCCGCGCCAAUUCAAGAGGAGGAGUUUGGUGUCAGCGAGGACACCCUGCCGCCGGUGAGCAGCAGCAGCAAGGCCGACCUGAUCCACCAGGACCUGAUCGACGGCCGCCACAACACGCCCGUGUCGCUCUUCUACUCGCUCCACACCAUGCGAAACAUCUUCUUCUGGUUCCUCAUCCUCGGCAACUUUGCCGGCAUCUCCUCGGCCGUGUUCAUCAUCACCUCCAACAAAUCGAUCUGGACGACGUUCACCAACGGCAAGGAUGCGGAUUGGGCGGUGAACAUCACCACUGCCUUCUCCAUCACCAACACCGUGGCCAACAUCGUCUCGGGCUUCGCCACCGACUUCCUCUGGUCCAGGUUCCGCUACCCGCGUAACAAGCUGCUGUCGCUGGUGCUGCUGUUCGACGCGGUCGUCUACAUCAUCCUCAUCGGCCUUUCCUACGGCGUCUCCGAUCCCACCGCCGCCGCUCAGGUGGUAUUUGUGAUAUGUCUGGUGAGCGUGGGCUUCUGCUUCGGCACGUUCUUGUCCGUGGUGCCCAUCAUCGUGGGCGACUUCUACGGCCACGUCAACUUCGGCCUCUACUUCGGCUACAUUCAGCUGGGCGCCACCGGCGCCACCUUCAUCAUUCCCAACGUCGCCGAAGUCAUCAAACAGCAAAUGGGCAACUACAAUGUCAUCUUCAUCUUCCUUGCCGUGUGCCUGGCGACGUCUAGCCUCGGCGUCUACUUCAAGCGGCCCACCCCCAUCGGUCGGUGGUAG